AUGUCUUCAACCCAGAGCCAGCAGCCCGACAAUGUGGCCAUUACCGUCAUGAAAAAUUUGCAGGAUCAGCACGACUGGACAGAGCUGGAGUUCAUCUACACCCAAAACUCAACUCGGGCUCUGGUUAGAGGCCUGCCUACGAAGCGACUAUAUCUGCACCCAGAUGACCAGAUUGCGGCACUCGCGCAAGAGCAGGCUACCGGCGAGCGGGUUCCUCAGGAACCCGUGCAAGAGUUCGUGCUCCCGGUCCAUCUCGCCGAAAAGUGGUGUCUCGCCGACUUUGCAGCUGUUUUCGACUCAGUAGAAAACACGGGCACGCGGGAGAAAAGGAUAGUACUUGCAACGCUGCACAAUGACUCUACAGUCGUGUAUUAUAUUAUGCAGGAAGGCAUGGUGAAGCCACGCCAAAACUAG